AUUCCUUUUCCCUUGAAACCAAACAGAGGAAGUUAAAAGGGUGUCGUGAUGGUUUCGCACUUCACGCUCUCUUUUGCCCUCACUCUCGUCUUAUUCGGUAUCAUGUCCGGAAUGUCGACGGCGAAGGGGGUGGUGAAUGUGCAGGCCACGGAGAAGGAGGUGGCCGAGGCCGUGGCAGAAUACGUCGCUAAUCUAUCGAGUAAAUUUGCCCAAGAGAGAGGCAUUUUCACAGUUGUUGUGGGUGCAGGUAGUGUAAUACACACACUUAGGAAAUUGGUUGAAGAGCCUUACAGUAAAUCAGUAGAUUGGUCGAAAUGGCAGGUGUUUUGGGUGGAUGAGAGAAUGGUUCCACUGACUGAUAAAGAAAGCAAUUACAAACUUGCCUAUGAUGGUUUUCUCUCCAAAGUACCCAUUCCCCCUACUAACAUCCACGCCGUCAAUGUCACACUACCGGCGCCCGCCGCAGCAGAAGCCUAUCAAACCCUCAUCAAAACCCUAGUCGACAACAAAACCAUAGACUCCUCCAGUUCCAGUGGGUCCCCGAGAUUCGACCUCAUGUUACUCAGCAUGGGCCCCGACGGCCACGUGGCGUCUCUAUUCCCAGGCCACCCUCUCCUCAAGGAAAAGCAGCGGUGGGUCGCCGCCGUCGAGGACGCGCCAUUCCUGCCCAGGGAGAGGGUCACCUUCACAUUUCCGGUGAUCAACUCCGCAGCGAAUUUCGCGUUUAUGAUAACCGCCAGCGAUUUGCCGGAGUGGGUUAAGGCGAUGCUGGCUGAUAAGGUGGAGAAGGCGGUGAACGGCCGCGGCUGUGGUGAGGGGGAGGGUUUGUUGCUGCCGGUUGAGAUGGUGAAACCGAGAGGGGAGAUGAGGUGGUUUUUGGACAAGUCAACUGCUGCGAAGAUUGAGGGCUGAGAGUAAUUAUUUGGAUGGAAAUAAAUUUCGGAUUUUAAUUUUCACGCUCUUUUUUUACUGAUAUCGCUCAACUUUAUUCAUGAAGUCACAUUAAAAAUGGAGCGCGAACAUCAAUUGCCACGAGCAUUUCU